CAUCAUUGCUCUAUUUGGCGUGGGCCUGAGCAGCUUCACAUUUUAGAAGGCAGCUCAAUAAAUCCAGCAGGGACUGUGUGUGCGUGGGGCCAUAAGCGCACAAUGAUGAAGCACAGUGGGCAGCUUCCCUCCGCAGCGCAGUGACUGGGGACGGAGUGCGUUUGGGUGUCAGACAAGAAAGGCGUGGCAGUGGGACGAUCCAGGCUCACCGAGCGAUGGAGAAAUAACACACCAAGGUCUAUUGACCCGGGAUCAGCUGCGGCCCCCAAAACUGCUUCAUAUAAGAGCACUGGCGCCACAUGGUAGCUUUCUAACUGACCAAAUCUGUCCCUCUGAGAUUCACCGUUGGGCCGUGGGUGUGCCCGCACAACGGGGCCGGUCGUGGCGGCGCGCUGAGGUCUCCACCAGGCUGUGAUACACUCACUAUAAAACGCUAAGGAUGAGCAAAUCUCCCACCCCAAAGGGCACUCCAGUGCAGCGCAGCCCCAGCGAUGGGGUCCCCGAGGGCCUCCAGUCGCCACAGCACUCCACGCCUGGCUCUGGAGUGCAGCAUAAGAAACGGAUAUCCAGCCUCCUUCAGAGUCCGUCAUUCAGAGAGGAGCUGGAUGUGCUGAUCCAGGAACAGAUGAAGAAGGGUGGCAGCUCAUCCAAUCUGUGGGCACUGAGACAACUCGCGGAUUUCAUGGCCUCUCAUGGCUCCCCGGCCACCCUGCCAGUCACACCUACCAACAUGAUGAUGGUGACCCCAAUCAACGACCUGCAGGGAUGGGAGCCUGGCAGCAUGGUGAAGGGGGAGCGGCUGAUGCGCUGCAAACUGGCCAGCACCCACCGACUGUUCGACCUCUACGGCUGGGCUCAGAUCAGCCAUACCCUUCUCACGCUACGUGUGAGUAAAGAACAGGAACACUUUCUGGUGCUUCCAGAAGGCCUGGCCUACAGUGAGGUAACCGGAUCCAGUCUGGUGAAAGUGAAUCUUGUUGGAGAGGUGGUUGACAAGGGCAGCACCAACCUACAGGUGGACACGGACAAGUUCAGCCUACACUCGGCCAUCUACUCAGCGCGCCCCGAUGUCCGCUGCCUGCUUCACCUCCACACGCCUGCUACAGCGGCAGUCUCUGCAAUGAAGAGCGGCCUGCUGCCUCUUUCCCAUGAGGCUCUGCUGGUUGGUGACGUGGCCUACUACGACUACAACGGGGUCAUGGGGGAGGAAGAGGACCGAAUGGAGCUGCAGAAGAGCUUAGGACCCACUUGUAAGGUUCUGGUGCUGAGGAAUCAUGGCAUCGUGGCUCUGGGGGAAUCAGUGGAGGAGGCCUUCUACACCAUCUACCACAUACAGGCAGCCUGCCAGAUUCAGGUGUCAGCUUUGUGUUGCUCUGGAGGGGAGCACAACCUGAUUAUGUUGGACCGGGCCAUCCAUAAACCCAACCCAACCGGCACCGUCGGCUGGGCCGGCUCCACCUUCGGCCCUCUAACCAAGAGCCGUACUGGGGAACAUGAGUUUGAAGCUCUCAUGAGAACCAUGGAUAAUCUGGGCUACCGCACCGGCUACGCCUACCGCUUCCCUGUGCUGCUAGAGCGAACUCGGACACGGAGGGAGGUGGAGGUGCCGGCGACCGUAAGCGCCUUCCACCAGUUUGAUGAUGACGGGGUCCACCCGGCUCUGAGGCAGCACCCGUUUGCUCAGCGCCAGCAGCAGGAGAGGACCCGCUGGCUCAACACUCCCAACACCUACCAGAAAAUCAACCAGGAGGAGGCGAGCCCGGGACACCAGCGCACCACCUGGCUGAAAACAGAAGAGACGACACAGACUGGAAGCACGGCCAUCAAGAUAGAGAACCCAAACCAGUUUGUGCCUCUUUUCACCAACCCUCGGGAGGUGAUUGAGACGCGAAACAAGAUUCGACAACAGAAUCGUCAGGACAUGAAGACAGCUGGACCGCAAUCACAAGUCCUUGCAAGUGUCAUAACAGAGGAGAGCCCUCCGACCCCAGUGAGCCCACCCAAAGUUCCACCAGAGCCGGAGCCUCCCAACCCCUUCAACCAGCUGACAGACAAGGAGCUGGAGGAGUACCGCAAGGAGGUGGAGCGAAAACAGGAUGGAGGGACUGACGUAGGGGAGGAGGUGGAGAAUGACAGGGAGUCUUCCCCUGCUACCUCCCCUACAAAAGGCCCUGCAGCCAGCCACGCUCCUGUCUCAGCAAUGGAGGUACAGAGCGACUCUCCCGUCAUUCAGAACGGAGGGGAAGAGGAGAAGCAGGUGACAAAAGAACUGGAGGAAGGGAUGAAGGCGCUCUCGACCAACGACACCUCCUCCACUCCGACUGCGCUGCCAGUCAAGGUGCCAAGCGGCACCCCCGAGGGCUCGCCGUGCAAGUCUCCGUCCAAGAAGAAAAAGAAGUUCAAGCCACCAUCAUUCUUGAAAAAGAGCAAGAAGCAGAAGGAGAAAGUAGAGACCUGA